AAAAGUAGGUUACUUCAUUGCCUGAGUGGUUGGUAUUGACAAUAAUAUACCACUAGUUUCUCUAGAAUCUACCCCCGACCUUCUGGCUUCGGCUGAGAAUUUAUGACCGUUCGAGGUUUGUAGAUGCCGGACAAUGUUUGCACACAGCUGUUUAGACUUUGACCUGCUCAGGGCCGUUACAUAUGACUUGCGUAAAACCAUGGAAAUGAUUAACCUGUAACUCACGUGAUGGGGAAGAUUGGGGCAAAAGCACCAAACAGCACACACACAUUAGCCUCCACUUCUCAUACGUAUUCGUCAGCAUGGCUAAUGGUGGCUCAGAGGUCCUCUGCUGAUUUGAACGUCAUUAAAGGGCCGUUGCCAUAACGACGCGUGGGAAGGCCGGGCGUAAUGGGUCUCCAGACGCAGCUCGGACUCCUCCUGUGGAAGAACUUUACACUUCGCAAGAGACAAAAGGUGAGGCUGGUGGUGGAGGUGAUAUGGCCGCUGUUCCUGUUCUUCAUCCUGGUGGGGGUCAGAUCCACCAAUCAUCCCAUCUACAAAGGCCAAUGCUACUACCCCAACAAAGCUAUGCCUUCUGCUGGAGUGUUGCCAUGGAUGCAAGGCAUCAUGUGUAACCUUGACAACCCUUGUGUUAGCAGCCCAACACCUGGAGAGACCCCUGGCCAAGUCAACAAUUUCAACUCCUCCAUCGUUGCGGGGGUGUUAAUCGAACUGCAGACGCUCCUGUCCGUCGGCCUCUCCCCGGCUACGGUCAAACAAUUCUUGGACGACUUUGGCCAGGAGUCCUUGGUUCUUCAAAAUGCCGACCUUGGAAAUGGUCAACUGGUUCCUCUGAGAAGUCUUCUGCGAGACGAUGAAAGUUUCACGGCGUUCCUUCAAGAUGAGCUUGCGGUGUCACCGCCCACCGCUGAGAGUUUAAUGGAGACAAGCCUGCGCCCCAACAUGAUCCCACUGCUCUUGAGGGAGCAGGACCUGAGGUCAGUGCUCUGUGAGGGCCCGGAGCUCGAGAGGUACCUGGAGUUUAGCUCGGAUACCGAUCGGGACGUCUUCCAGAACCUCAGCUGCUCCCUCUCCCCCGCACAGCUGCGCCAGACCAGGGAGGCCUUCCAGCAGAACCUGGACCCCAGAAAUCUUCCCUUAGCUCUGGGUCUAAACCCCACUCAGACUGUCGAGCUCUUCAGCAAAAUGACGACGGACAUGGCCCCUCUGGUAGACCAGAUGCUGAGGACCCAGAGGACACUGUUUAGUCUGACUGAUGGGCUAGACUUCACAAAUGACACAUUCAGCAGUCUGAAUAUGCUCCUGUGUGGGCAAAGACCUGACUUCAACUCCACUGCCACCUUCACCCGAGCCAGGGCUGAUUCACGGGCGGAGUCUGAGAACAGGGACCGCAGUAGCCAGCUGCCAGCUCAGAGAAAUACAAGUGAGUUUUGCCAGACGUUCAUUGACACUCUGGAGGGCACGCCCAGUCUGCGGUACCUGUGGAGCACGUUCAGGCCACUCCUGCAAGGGAAGGUCCUCUUCACGCCAGACACUCCAGUCACCAGACAACUCAUGGCACAGGCGAACAGCACUUUCGAUGCCCUGGCCAGGCUGAAAGGGCUCGGAGAAGCGUGGGAGCAAAAUGAGCCAGAAAUCUGGGACUUCUUUCAAAAUGGCAGCCAAGUCAACACAGUCAGGGACUUGCUGAGGAAUCCCUUUUUUGCGGCAGUCCUAGACCAGCGGCUCAAAGGGACCGGACUAACCGCUGCACUCAUUGCCAACUUCCUGUACAACGGGCCCCCGGAGGACCGCCCGGCGGGGAUGCCCAACUACGACUGGCGCAACGCGUUCAAUACCACCAGCCAGAUUCUGGAGCAGCUGACCAAAUUCAUUGGGUGCCUGGACCUGGACAAGUUUGAGGCCAUGUCAGAUGAGGGCGCGUUGGUGGACCGGGCGCUGGAGCUCCUGAACGAGGAGAAGUACUGGGCAGGGGUGGUGGUGGAAGGCCUCGACGCCAACGCCACUCAGCUGCCGGCUUUUGUCAAGUACAAGAUAAGAAUGGACAUCGAAGAUGUGGAGAGAAGCAAUAAGAUUAAAGACAGGUCAUGGUACCCGGGGGCCCGAGACAACUCUUUUAACGACAUGCGCUACGUGUGGGGGGGGUUCGCCUACCUGCAGGACAUGAUUGACCGCGGGAUUGUCCAGAUGCACACGGGCAAGUCCCAACCCCUCGGAGUGUUCGCCCAGCAGAUUCCGUACCCCUGCUAUGUCGACGACGCCUUCAUCUCAAGCAUCGGUGGCAUCUUGCCCAUGUUCCUGGUCCUGUCCUUCAUGUACACGGUGUGCCAGAUCAUCAAGGGCCUGGUCCUGGAGAAGGAGACCAGGCUGAAGGAGGUGCUGCGGGCCGUGGGCGCCCGUAACGGCGCCCUCUGGUUUGCCUGGUUCACAGAGAACAUGGUUCUGCUCACCGUGCCCUGCGCACUGAUCAGUGUCAUGGUCAAGUACGGGAAGGUGCUGAGUUACAGCGACCCGUCCGUGAUCUUCGUCUUCCUGCUGGUCUUCUGCGUGGCCACCGUCAUGCAGUGCUUCUUCAUCAGUGUGUUUUUCAGUCGGGCAAACCUGGCGGCCGCCUGUGGGGGCCUCAUCUACUUCCUGCUCUACCUGCCGCACAGUCUAUGCUACGCCUGGAGAGAUGUCAUGACCUUCCCGGUGAAGAUUGCUGUGAGUCUCCUCUCCUGCGUGGCGUUUGGCUACGGCUGUGAGAACUUCGCCCGCUACGAGGAGCAGGGCAUCGGCAUCCAGUGGCACAACAUCGCCAGCAGCACUGAGGAGGGAGACGGCUACAGCUUCCUCGUGUCCAUCGUCAUGAUGCUGAUCGAUGCCUUCAUCUACUGGGUCCUCACCUGGUACAUAGAGAACGUCUAUCCAGGCCAGUAUGGCAUCCCCAAGCCGUGGUACUUCCCUUUCACCCGCUCCUACUGGUGUGGCACAGCCGCCAUCUCUGACCUGGGCACAGAGGCUCAGGCACACCCGGAGGACCAGAAAGGUACCACACUGGCAAACCUGGGUGACCAUAAAGGUUACCUAGAGAAGCCUCCCCCGAACGUGAAAGUCGGGGUGUCCGUCAGGAACCUGGUGAAGAUCUAUAAGACGGGGAAGAAGCUGGCCGUGGACGGGCUGAGUAUGGAUUUCUACGAGAACCAGAUCACCUCGUUUCUGGGCCACAAUGGCGCCGGGAAAACAACAUUGAUGUCUAUCCUGACUGGCCUGUUUGCCCCAACCUCCGGGACGGCCAUCAUCAACGGCUUUGAUAUCCGCACCGACAUGGACUCCAUCAGGAAGCACCUGGGAAUGUGUCCUCAACACAACGUCUUAUUCAACGACCUGACCGUGGAGGAGCACAUCUACUUCUACGCCCGCUUGAAGGGACGGAGCAAGAAAGAGGUGGACAUCGAGAUCGACCAGAUGAUUCAAGACGUCGGCCUGCCACACAAGAGGAAGGAGCUGGCGAAGAACUUGUCCGGUGGGAUGCAGAGAAAGCUAUCUGUUGCCAUAGCGUUUGUGGGUGGAUCCAACAUCGUGAUUCUGGAUGAGCCCACCGCUGGAGUGGACCCAUACGCCCGGAGAGGGAUCUGGGAACUCCUCCUGAAGUACAAACAAGGUCGGACCAUCAUCUUGUCCACCCACCACAUGGACGAGGCUGAUAUCCUUGGCGACCGCAUCGCCAUCAUCUCCCACGGCCGCAUGUGCUGCUGCGGCUCCUCCCUCUUCCUGAAGAAGUGUUUCGGCAGCGGCUACUACCUCACCCUGGUGCGCUCCACCGAGGACAAGAUGGCCGCCCAGAGGCCCGCCGUCAAUCAGAACUCAAAGGAUUCUCAGAGUGAUUCAUUGGAUGAUGGCAUCGGCAGUCAAAGCUCAAGCUGUUCAGAUCCCCCAGACGUAGCAGAUGUCAGUAGCCUGAUCAGGAAGCACGUGCCCCAAGCUGUAUUCCUGGAGGGCAUUGGCCAAGAGCUGACCUACAUCUUACCCUACGCGGGCGCCAAAGAUGGCACCUUCGCCCAGCUCUUCAAAGAACUGGACCUGGAGAUGGGCGAGUUGGGCAUCACCAGCUACGGCAUCUCAGACACCACUCUGGAGGAGAUCUUCCUCAAAGUAGCUGAGGAUACUGGUGUGGAUAUGGAACCGCAAGAUAAAACUGAAAGUUUUGCACGCGACUGGAAGCAAAGUCCCCGAGAGUUGCGACGCAACAGCAUUUCUGCUGCAAAGAUCAGCACCGAGCACCAAGCCACCCCUCAAACAGGUGCGCACCAAGCCACCCCUCAAACAGACGGCACUGGAGUGGAACGGAAGGGGAGGUUCACGAGUAAAGUAGAAGACUGGGAGAGGGGCCUCAGUAUGAACGGGAAAGGCUCCUCCGUCAUCACCGGCUUGAGACUCAUCAGACGGCAGUUCCUGGCUCUCUUCAUCAAGCGCUUCCACCACGCCAGACGCAGCCGCAAAGGACUCAUUGCUCAGGUUGUCUUGCCAGCUGCGUUUGUGUGCCUCGCACUCAUCUUCUCCCUCAUCGUUCCUCCGUUCCGUGAAUACCCUAGCCUAGACCUGCAGCCUUGGAUGUACGGUGCCCCACAGAACACCUUCAUCAGUGUGGACGAGCCCAACAUCACGGAGGUCUCCCAGGUGGCCGAGUCCUUGCUGAACGACCCCGGCUUCGGGACACGCUGCAUGCCGGGUAACCCAAUGCCGAAUCUCCCCUGCGAGCCCCAGAAGGCCACGGACUGGUUUACUCCUCCGGUGGACCCCGCCGUCAGUGACAUCUUCGCCAAGGGGAACUGGUCCAUGGCCAACCCCUCCCCUGACUGUGAAUGCAGCACCCCCGAGCGGAGCAUCAUGCUGCCCGACUGCCCCCCAGGAGCUGGCGGACUGCCCCCUCCCCAGAGAACCCAGAACACGACGGAUACUCUUCAUGACCUGACUGGAAGAAACAUGACUGAUUAUCUCUUGAAGACAUACGAGAAAUCAGGCAAAAAUCGGUAUGGAGGUAUUUCGGUCGGAGGAGUGAACUCACAAGUCAAACUGAACGAGUCGGAAAUUGCCACCGUUUUCGAGGAUUUGCAGAGCCUUUUCAAUUCCUCGCAGGAUAACACGACUGAUCAGCUCCUGCAGGACAUGGAGACGUUGCUGAAAGAGCUCGGGACACAGCAUAAUGUCAAGGUGUGGUUCUACAACAAAGGCUUGCAUGCCAUGGUAUCUUUCCUGAGCGUCGCCAACAACGGCAUCCUGCGUGGAAACCUGCCCCCCAGCCUAGACCCACGUCACUUUGGCAUCAGCGUCUCCAACCACCCACUGAACCUUACCAAGGAACAGCUCUCAUACGUGGCCAUGGCCACCACCUCUACGGACGUGGUGGUGUCCAUCUGUGUGAUCUUCGCCAUGUCCUUUAUCCCCGCGAGUUUCGUCCUCUUCCUCAUCCAAGAGCGGGUCAGCAAGGCCAAGCACCUGCAGUUCGUCAGCGGGGUCAACCCUGCAGUCUAUUGGGUCGCCAACUUCGCCUGGGACAUGUGCAACUACAUUGUCCCCUGUGUGAUUGUGAUCGUCAUAUUCCUGUGCUUCCAACAAAAGUCCUACGUCUCACCAGCCAACCUGCCGGCCUUGAUCCUUCUGCUGGUCUUGUAUGGGUGGUCCAUCACACCUAUGAUGUACCCAGCAUCCUUUCUGUUCAGUGUGCCCAGCACUGCGUACGUGGUGCUCACGUGCAUCAACCUCUUCAUUGGGAUCAACGGGAGCGUGGCCACCUUUGUCAUGGAGAUGUUUGACGACGAGAACGUCAGCCACAUCAAUGACAUUGUGAAGCAGGUGCUGCUGAUCUUCCCUCAUUUCUGCCUGGGCAGGGGGCUCAUUGACAUGGCCAAGAACCAAGCCAUCGCCACCCUUUUCCAAAGCUUAGGUGAGGACCGCUUUGAGGACCCCCUGGGUUGGGACAUGGUGGGGAAGAACCUGUUUGCCAUGGCAGUGGAGGGAGCAGUGAUGUUCGCCAUUACGCUGCUCAUUCAGUACAAGUUCUGCUGCAAGGCCAGGCUGGUGUCUGUGGUGCCAUCAUCGGAGGCUGAGGAGGAUGAGGAUGUGGCCCGUGAGAGAGCACGUAUCAGCCAGGGCAGUGCUGACAAAGACCUGCUCCGGAUAUGUGACCUCACCAAGGUGUACUCUGGGAAGAAGGUUCCGGCUGUGGACAGAAUCUGUGUGGGCGUCCCGGCGGCAGAGUGCUUCGGGCUGUUGGGCAUUAAUGGCGCUGGGAAGACCACCACGUUUAAAAUGCUGACGGGGGACAUCGCCGUCUCCGGUGGGGAGGCCUUCCUAAACGGCCACAGCAUCCGGACAGAAAUGCAAUCGGUCCACCAGAAUAUGGGUUACUGUCCGCAGUUUGAUGCCAUCGAUGACCUCCUGACCGGCCGAGAACACCUAGAGUUCUACGCCCGGCUCCGUGGCGUGCCUGAGAAAGAGGUUGCCAUGGUGGCGGAGUGGGGCAUCCAGAAGCUGGGUCUGCUCAAGUACUCCAACAAGUCCGCUGGCACCUACAGCGGGGGCAACAAGCGCAAGCUCUCCACAGCCAUGGCUCUGAUUGGCUGCCCGCCCGUCGUCUUCCUGGAUGAGCCCACGACAGGCAUGGACCCCAAAGCGCGUCGGUUCCUGUGGGACUGUAUCCUGAGUGUCAUCAAACAGGGCCGCUCCGUCAUCCUCACCUCACACAGCAUGGAGGAGUGUGAAGCUUUAUGUAGUCGCAUGGCCAUCAUGGUCAAUGGACAGUUUAAAUGCCUGGGCAGCAUUCAGCACCUGAAGAGCAGGUUUGGGGACGGCUACACGGUGAUCGUGAGGGUGGGGGGCUCAUCCCCACUCCUGGGGCCGGUGGAGGAGUUUGUGAGGGCCACCUUCCCCGGGAGUGUGCUGAAGGAGAAGCACCACAACACCCUGCAGUACCAGCUGCCACACGUAGAGGGCUCUCUGGCCAUGAUCUUCAGCCAGUUCACCAAACACCAGCAGGGGCUUGGCGUGGAGGACUACUCUGUCUCCCAGACAACGCUGGACCAGGUCUUUGUCAACUUCGCCAGGCUUCAGCACGACGAGGACGAUGACGCCCAGGCCCACGGCAAUGUGGAUGACGCCCAGGCCUACGACAAUGUGGUGGACCUGACGGAUGAGACGCCUGCUGGCAAAAUAAAAUAGUCCACUCUCUACCCUUGGAGUCGGAGGGCAAACUCAAACUCAGGCACUUUAAUGAUUGUGUCAUGCUCUGGCAUUUUUUGAUAAUUUAAGCAACUUUAAAAACAGUGGCUUCAAAGUCACAUGUGUAUAUAUUUAUAACAAUAUAUAUGUAUUAUUAUUUUUUUUGUAAUACUUAAUUAAAGUGCAAACAUUAGUCAGUAGAUGAAUACUUAAAGAAUGUACCUUUUUCAGCUUGCUGUUAGCCCUUUUGUGUGUGAAAUAGCUCAUAAUAGCUCAUAAUUCAGUCUUGGGAUUCUAUGAAGAUUUGUCCUGACAAAACCAAAUGUUCUAUGCUUUAAAAAAGAAUAUUAUUACAAAGGGUUCCUAAUGGCCCCAAUAAUCUUAAAAGAUUGCAGGUAGAAUCAUUACGGUUCUGGCAUAAAAACAAGAUUUCAACUCGUACAAGAUCAUUUUCUACUCAUAUACUGCAUAUUCUGGCAAGAUGGAACACACCUUGCUUGUUUUAAUUUAUACCUCAUAACUAUAAUACCCAAUCAUUAAGUUGCUUGACAUAUUUUUGUACUUUGUACUGUUUUACUAUUGUACUUUCUUUAUCAAUUUAGUUUAGUUAUUUAAUGUUUGAAUAAGACCAAGUGCAAUAAUGUCAUACAGGCUACAAUAACAUACGAGAAUGUUUAUGACUUGAAAAAUACAUUAUAUGUCAACAUACUGUAAACUACAUGGCGUUUACAUCCAUACACAAUGUUCUACAACAAUGCUCUACACAAAGAGUCUACAGCAUCUUUAGCUAGAUGGGCUAUGAAGUUGCGUGUCAUGUUACCUGUGUUCAAACUGCUCACUGUUGCUUUGCCAUACUGCUAAACUGAGAGAUUUUGUAUCUGUUUUUAUCAGAUGCACCUGAUUUCUAAACAAAGAUGAUAUACUUUUCCUUUCUAAACAAGAGCAAACACUUAAUAUCAUCCUUGAAAUAGAUUGCCAAAAUAAAACUGUGAUAGUUUAUGCAACUGAAUAACAGCCAAGAUACAUAUUUUACUGUUUAUUUUCACAAUACACUGGCUGGCAAUGUGGGGAUACUGCACCUUGCACAAUAGUUUUUACUUUCUCUCUAUUAUGAACAUGAUUUGUUGAGAAGUCUCAAGAAUUGCUGGGAGAUCCACUAUACCUACAAAUGAUCACUAUUAACUAACAUCAACAAAUACAUUAAAACAUCUUGGACUGAAUUAGGCGAAACGGAGUUCCCAAUGUGUCCUCUUUAGUACCUUGUGAGCGCCAUAGGACAGAACAGAACUCUUAUUGGCUGACAUGCACUGCCAUGGACCACCCUUACGGUGGCACAGGGCCCAGUCCGUAACCCGCGGGACUUAACAUCGUCUGACAUGCCCGACAUGCCGAGCUCCAGAGACUAAACACAAAUCAGCUCAGGUCUGCAGUCCAACCCAGUUUACACAGGUGAUGAGUUUAAAGGCUCAGUGUCCAACCCAGUUUACACUCAGGUGAUUCCACUUAUUGGGUUGGCAUUUGGUGAGUUUAAAGGCUCAGUGCCAGUUUACACUCAAUUGGAGUUUAAAGGCUCAAUGCCUCUUCUCUUCAACUUGGCUUUACUCCUGAUUAUGUCCACUGCACACUUAGUAGUAUCUGUUUCACCAUUAGGUCUCAGUGUUUUCAACCUGACAUGUCCCUCCUGGUAGCUAGGUUUGCUUAGGGUUAUUUUCCUUAGUCUUAAAUGUACCUCAAGCGCAGCCUUCUGUGUAUGUUGGAACCAGUCCAGUUUUCCUCAUGGAUCUUUGACUAGCUGUAGUCCUUCACCUCGUCUGAAUGAACUUUAGAUGGUUCGAUUUUAACAGCUGCACAAUCCCACAGUGCACUUUGUCAUCUUGAAUUAAAUACCUCACACAAGGAUCUUUUUGUUUUUCCUACCCCCACCACCCCACCCCAUCCCCUUUAAAAAUUAACACAAUCCAUCAUCUCUGCAUGCUCCACAAGGGCCUGGAGAGUGUUCUUAGUGCAAACUCCAUGUUUUGUAUGCCAGUCAUUGGUCUCUCCUCUGCCAUCUUGUUCUUAGCCCAGAAUAAUGAAUCCUAUUUGUACUGAGUAUUGCUUUAUGGCGAGGCAGAUGAUUAAACAUUUGCACAAAUUGUCAAA